UGUUGUCGACCGGUGUCAAGGCGACGGCGUGCUGCUCCCUUCCUCUGGCUGCGGUUGCCGUGGAGUUCAGUCCGGCCGGUCUGGGUGAGGAGCACCGCGGCUUGGACGGGGUCUGCGGGCGCGCCGCUGGCCGCGCUGCCGGCUGGUGCCUCUGUAUCAGGGCAAGCAGUAUUCCAUGGCAGGGAACUUCUGGCAGAGCUCCCACUAGUAAGUGAGCGUCCAUUUUCUCGCGUGGGACGGGGUUCUGGAGCACGGGGAGGACUGGGCCUGCCAUUGCCUUGGAGAUUCCGUCCUGGCCGCUGUUGGAGUGCGGGUGAGCCUCCCCGAGAAGCCGCGGGUCCGGAGCGUAAUGCACUUGUUUGCUGGCCACCCCUCUUCGCCCAGGAUUUCGAGGGCUGAGGGGAGGUGAGCUCCAAGGAUGGGUAAGAAAGAGUUUGCAGUGGAUUUUGGAUAAACAAGAUCUGUUGAAAGAGCGCCAGAAGGACUUAAAGUUUCUCUCAGAAGAAGAGUAUUGGAAAUUACAGAUAUUUUUUACAAACGUUAUCCAAGCAUUAGGUGAACAUCUUAAAUUAAGACAACAAGUUAUUGCUACUGCUACGGUCUAUUUUAAGAGAUUCUAUGCCAGGUAUUCUCUGAAAAGUAUAGAUCCUGUAUUAAUGGCUCCUACAUGUGUGUUUCUGGCAUCCAAAGUAGAGGAGUUUGGUGUUGUCUCAAAUACAAGAUUGAUCGCUGCUACUACUUCUGUAUUAAAAACUAGGUUUUCAUAUGCCUUUCCAAAGGAGUUCCCUUACAGGAUGAAUCAUAUACUAGAAUGUGAAUUUUACCUUUUAGAAUUAAUGGAUUGUUGCUUGAUAGUUUAUCAUCCUUAUAGACCUUUGCUCCAGUAUGUGCAGGACAUGGGCCAAGAGGACGUGCUGCUCCCCCUUGCAUGGAGGAUAGUGAAUGAUACCUACAGGACGGAUCUUUGUCUGCUGUAUCCUCCUUUCAUGAUAGCUUUAGCUUGCCUACAUGUAGCCUGUGUUGUACAACAGAAAGAUGCUAGGCAAUGGUUUGCGGAACUUUCUGUGGAUAUGGAGAAGAUUUUGGAAAUAAUCAGGGUUAUUUUAAAACUAUAUGAGCAGUGGAAGAAUUUUGAUGAGAGAAAAGAGAUGGCAACUAUUCUUAGUAAGAUGCCAAAACCAAAACCACCUCCAAACAGUGAAGGAGAGCAGGGUCCAAAUGGAAGUCAGAACUCUAGCUACAGCCAAUCUUAAAACACCCUGAAGAACCCCGUAGUGGACCACUUGGAAGUAAGCAUUGGACAGUUUGAGUAAUGUCUUCAUUGGAAAUCAGACGCAAACGAAUAGCUUGUUUCUGUCAAGCAUAUUGGGAAUUGACUUAAUUUUCACAAAAUAAGUUUUCUUUACAUAAUUGAUUCUAGUGUGUAAUUUAUUAAAUCUUAAUUAUAAAAUUUAUAAAAUUUAGUAAGGCUCUAGGGGACCUAUAGCCAUACAUAAACAUUUCAGAGUUAACCUCUCUCUCACAUACACACAUAUAGACACACACUAAUACUGUUUUUUGAUUAGCAUAAUUGGUUUUUACAUUAAUAAUACAUAUUUUUUAUGAAGGCAGGAAACAUGGAAUGUCAUUUGUUUAAAAUUCUCUUUGGACAUUGAGGGACCAAAAAAAGGACAGAAAAAGUCAGUAAAAGUUCCCCCCACCCAGUUGAAAUUUAAAAAUUUAAACUAAGAAACUAAAUGUUAGAAAAUCCUACAAGGUUUUUAGGAAUGAUAACUAUAAUUUGAGGGAUAUUAAUCAAGCACUUACAGAUUUUAAAAUAUGUUUUAUUCAAUACUUUUUGUAUCAUCACAGACAAUACUAGCCCAGCCUGUCAGAAAAGUGCAAUAUAUAUUCAUACUUUGACAUUUUAAAGGUUAUAUUGACUGAUUAGCGGUUUUGAAAUGCUGGGAAACCUGAAAAAGUUAUUAUAGUUAGUAUGCAUUUAAGAGUUUAAUUGGAUUGGAUCGCUCAGAGUUGGAGAUCAGCCUGGUGUACAAAGUAAGUCCAGGAUAGCCAAGGCUACACAGAUAAGCCCUGUCUCAAAAAUAAAAUAAAAAAAAAAAAUCUUUAAAAAAAGUAUUUAAUUUGGUUUAACAAUUAAGUUGAACUUCAGUGAAAUUUUAAUGUUAAUCUUUAAUCUGUCCUGAAAAUUUUUAUGUGACACACACACCCAGUUUAAGUUUGUGUUUUAGUGUGAGCUGACAUGCACAGCAAGUGUUCUGCGUCAAGAGCCUCGCCAGGUUUCAGGUCAGGGAGACGCUGCCAUUAUUAGUGCUGUGGCUGUCGAUUCCAGAUAAACGUGUCGGUGGGACUGCUGUCUCUGGAACUUCAAAGAUGAACUCUCUUUUUCAGACUUGGAAGAAUGAUAAAUAACUUGGAAUAAUGGGAUAUUAUUGUAUAGUUUCGCACUUUUAAAAAAAUAAAUCAUGAAAAAAAAUUUACUGUUAGCUUCCUAGUUAAGUUCUUCAGCUAUGUUAAUUCAUGUCCUGAAUUCGUGUCGCUUAGUUUGACUUAGGUUUUCUGACCAUCUUUCUGUGCAUUAAAUUACAGCCCUAUGCUCUGUUAAGGGCUGAUUUUGUAUAGUUUAUGAAUAGAUUGUAAGGAAAGUCCUGCUUCCCUAUGGAGAGUAUCAGUGCUGGUAAGGAUACAAUGCAUUGGUACCGAUGUGGUCCUCCUAAGGUUGUAUAAGCAUAAGAAAAAACUCCGAGCUCUCCCAGGCCAAAGGGGUUAAUCUGAGCUUAGCUUGGAUGCUUGGUGAUUGCCCAUUACAGUCACUAGCUGUAGUUUAUCUUGAAGCUUUUUUAAACCGAGUUUUCUUUGCAAUCACUUAUUGUGGAAAAUUAAAAAUUGACAAGAGCUGACAGAGCAUUGUAAUAACCCUCCAUGUGUAUAUGAUCUGGCCUCAGCAAUUACUGAUUCAUAGCCAAUGUCACCUUAUUUAAACUUCCACAUUAGUCUUCAGUUUGCAUAUUAAUUUGAAUAAAAUUUCAGAUAAUAUCAUUCAUUAGUAUUUCAUACUUGUAAGAGGUCAAAUAAUUACCAAAUAUUAUGCUAAAAUUCUCAAUUCCCUGAAAGUUGCAGAACAUAUUCUAUGUGUCCAUUUAGAAAAAGAAAUCCUUUUAGUUUUAGAUUCACAGAGUCUUCCUCCAUGUUAAUAAAAUUCCCUGUUUUCAUUUGUUCAUCUAUUAAGUUUCCCAUAGCCUAAGUUGUUCUGUGAGCAUCUUUAGCUUGCCAUUUAGUGUGUGUUUUCCUUUUUAUUUCUGUAAAUUGGUAAUUGGCUGUGAAGGCUGAUGGCAUUGAGAUACUUUUUGUUUUGGCUAGACUACUGUGGCAGUCUCUUCCGUUGGUGACUGCAUAGUGGCUAUUGCUGUAUUGUCACCCACGUGGGAAAGUAUUGUUUUUCAGGGCCACUCACUGUCGUAGGCACACUGUCCAGUAUCAUAGCCACCAGCCACUUAGGGCUGGACGUUACUAUGUGGCUCGUCCGGAUGCAGAUAUGCUGUGUAUGUGCAAACAUGUUGGAUUUCAGGUACUAGUCAAAGCAAAAGAAUGUUAAAAUCUCAAUUUGUUUAUAAGCAUUAUGUGUUUCAAAUGAUAAUAUUUUGGAUACAUAGAAUUAAAUAAAACAUUAUUAAAAUUAAA